AUGGCUAAGAGUUCUGGAGAGGUUAAGUUCACUUUGAAACUUGUCGUUGAUGAGGAGAACAAGAAGGUUGUUUUUGCUGAGGCUUGUAGAGACUUUGUUGAUGUGCUCUUCAGCUUUCUGACACUGCCGAUGGGCACCAUUGUCAGAUUGCUUGAGAAUCAUCGAAUAUCUGAGCCUGUGCCUAUUGGCUGUUUUAGCAACCUCUAUCAGAGUGUUGUUGAUAUGGGCAUUGAUGAUUUUGAGACGGAAGCUUGUAAGCAGAUGCUCCUUCAUCCGAGGAGCUUGUGGGAUGUCCAUUGCAAAAGGCUUAAGCUCAACUUACACCCCACUGACGGAAUCAAGUUGUUUGUCUGCAGUUCUUACUCUAUCUGUAAAAUGUGCAGUUAUUUUAGCACUUUCCGUUGUAGGUGCGGAAAGUUGAUGAACGAGAAGUCCCCGUGUACAGAAAAAUCUGUAAACUAUAACGUAGAAGAUGGAGUAUUUGUUAGAGGCAGGUCUUCAUUCAUCGUAACUGACGACUUGAAAGUGGCCGUUCGGUCCACUGACUUUGUUUUGAGGAACCUCAAAUCUGUAGGCUGUGGUGAUUUUUCUAAGGUUGUGGAAAGGCUUGUUGAUGUCGGUUUUGAUGAGGUCAUGACUCUGCUGCAAUGUAUCUUCUCCUCAAAUGCUCCCUUGACGGACACGUUUUUGAGCAGACAAAGUCCCCGAGGUGUGAUGAAGACUUGUGAAACACUGAGUCCAUAUCUGGGGAGAAAAAUAGAUAAAUCAGAAGAAGUAAUAAGUUUCAGCGCAAUCUUGAGGAAACAUGAUAUGAAGGUUUUAUAUGUUGAAUGUGGAGAAGACUUUGUUGACCUUCUUUUCACUUUUCUUGCUUUUCCUCUGGAAUCUAUACUGGAAAUAUCUGGUGACAGCUCCAUUUUUGGGUGCAUUGGAAACCUGUUCAAAAGCUUCAAAGACUUGAGUGCUGCAGAAGUUUCGACAUCCAAAGCCGUGCUCCCUCAUUACUAUACAUGUCAGAAGCAAUUGCUCAAUAUCAUCAUUGAGCAGCCUUUGACCUGUCAUUUAGCCAGCAAUAAGGAACCUGUGGUUCUGAUUGAUUCAAAAUCUCACGGACGUAACAAGUCAACAAAACGUACGGGGUUCGUGAAGAGAGACGCAAAAUUUACAGUAUCUGAUGAUUUGAUCAUCACACCAAUGAACUCAAGCUCAGCUCUUUGCAUACUGAAGAAGUUGGAGAGUCAAGCAGAGGAUCUACAGGUGCAACAAAUAAGCAUUAGCAAAACACUGGAGAAUAACAAGGUUGUUUUUGCUGAGGCUUGUAGGGACUUUGUUGAUGUGCUCUUCAGUCUUCUGACACUGCCUAUGGGCACCAUUGUCAGAUUGCUUGAGAAUCAUCGAAAAUCUGAGCCUUUUCCUUGUUUUAGCAACCUCUAUAAGAGUGUUGUUGAUAUGGGGAUUGAUGAUUUUGAGACCGAAGCUUGUAAGCAGUUGCUCCUUUAUCCGAGGAGCGUGUGGGAUGUACCCUGCAGAAGGCUUAAACUCAACUUAAACCCUACUGAUGGAAACAAGUGGUUUGUCUGCAGUUCUUACUCCAUCUGUAAAACGUGCAGUUAUUUUAGCACUUCUCGAUGUGGAUGUGGAAAGUUGAUGAACAAAGAGAUGCCGACUCCAGGAGAAGAAGUUGUAGCCGACAUAGAAGAUGGAGUAUUUGUUAGAGGCAGCAGGUCUUCAUUUAUCAUAACUGACGACAUGAAAGUAGCAGUUAGGUCCACUGACCUUGUCUUGAAAAUGCUCAGAUCUGUAGGCUGUGGUGAUCUUUGUAACGUUGCAGAAAGGCUUGUUGAAAUUGGUUUAGAAGAGGUUAUGACUCUGUUGGAAUGUAUCUUCUUCUCAAAUGCUCCCUUGACGGACACGUUCCUCAACAAGCAGAGCCCAAAACGUGUGAUGAAGCCAUGCAAUACGCCAAGUCCGUAUAUGGUAAAAGAAAUAGAAGCUAGACUAGAAGUAAUAACCAUCAGUGCCAUCGUUAGGAAAGACGAUAUGAAGAUUUUAUAUGUUGAAUGUGGAGAAGACUUUGUUGACCUUCUUUUCACAUUUCUAGCUGUUUCGCUGGAAUCCGUAGUGGAAAUAUCUGGUGACAUCUCCACUUUUGGGUGCAUUGGAAACCUGUUUAAAAGUUUGAAAGAGUUGAAUGCUUCAACAAGAUCCAAAGCCGUGCUUCCCCGUUACUAUAGAUGUCAGAAGCAAUUGCUCAAUAUCAUCUCUGAGAUGCCUCCUCUCUUGAUAUUUAAUUCUGGUUUUUGUGUUGAGAUGAUUGAUCCAAAAUCUCGUGGACGUUACCAGUCAAAAAAAGGUAGCGGAUUUGUGAAGAGAGGCGCAAAGUUUACAGUAUCAGAUGAUCUGAUCAUUACACCAAUGAACACUAGCUCAGCUCUCUGUCAAUUGAAGAAGUUGGAGAGUCCAGCAGAGGAUCUACAGGUGCAAGAGAUAAGCAUCAGCAAAACACAGGCAGCAAGUUUGUUGAGAGCUUCCUUGGAGACAUCUUCUGCACUGAACGCUGCGUUAUGGAACUCUACUUUGAAGAAAUCUAAGCAAGAGACUUGA